AUGUCGAAGAGAGACGGUGCUCCUGAUGUGCGACGACGGGCGCGAAACGAUGAGAUACAGGUUGCUAGAGACCCCACCGCCGACACCUCGCUACAGCUGAGCGGGGGUGAGUUAGAGAUCCUGUGUCUAUUUAUUCUCGCCGGAUUUACUCGGCCACCUGUCCGAGUCACUCCAACAGAGAUCCACACGAUCCCAGUACCAACAGAGCAAAGCAACAAAACCACACAGAAAUGCAAUCAUGAGGUCGGUUCUAGCCCUGCUGCUCGCUUCAUGUUCGCUUUUCCUCUUUUUGUCAGGCUACAGCUGCUGAACAUUAUACAUUAUGAUUCAUGUUCAUAUCUACGUACAGUAUGCAGUGGCCGAAACGAAGAAGAGCGUCUGAUCCACCACCUGUUUAAAGCGCGCGGAUACAACAAAGAGCUGCGACCGGUGGAAAAGAAAGAUGACACCGUUUUGAUUUACCUGGCUCUUACUCUAUCGAACCUCAUCUCUCUGAAUGAAGUGGAUGAAACCUUGCUGACCAAUGUGUGGAUGGAACAUGGCUGGACUGACCACAGACUUUCCUGGAAUACGUCGGAGUUUGACGACAUCGAGGUUUUACGUCUCCCGUCGAGUAUGGUGUGGCUUCCAGAGAUCGUACUGGAGAACAACAAUGAUGCCCAGUUCCAAGUUGCCUACUACUGUAACGUGUUGGUGUACCCCAAUGGUUUCGUGUACUGGCUUCCUCCUGCCAUCUUCCGCAGCUCUUGCUCCAUCAACGUCAACUACUUUCCUUUCGACUGGCAGAACUGCACGCUAAAAUUCAGCUCUUUAACGUACAACGCCAAGGAGAUCAGUCUGAAUUUGAAAGAAGAGGAAGAUCUAGAGAACAAGAGGAACUAUAAAGUGGAAUGGAUCGUCAUUGAUCCUGAAGGAUUCACAGAAAAUGGAGAAUGGGAGAUCGUUCACAGGCCCGCCAGGAGAAACAUCUACAGGAGCAUCCCGAUGGAUAGCAACAAGCACCAGGACAUCACUUUCUACCUCAUCAUCAAACGCAAGCCUCUGUUCUACAUCGUGAUCAUCAUCAUCCCCUGUGUGCUGAUCUCCUUCAUGGCCUCGCUGGUUUACUACCUGCCUGCUGACAGUGGUGAAAAAAUGACCCUGUCCAUCUCUGUGCUUCUGGCCCAGUCUGUCUUCCUGCUGCUGAUAUCACAGCGUUUACCCGAGACCUCCAUGGCAGUGCCCCUCUUCGUCAAGUAUCUCAUGUUCAUCAUGGUCCUGGUCACUGUGGUGGUUUUGAAUUGCGUCAUUGUGCUGAAUCUCCAUUUCCGGACUCCCAGCACCCACAUCAUGACCGAUUGGACCAAAGAGUUCUUCCUGGAACGCCUGCCUCGUAUUUUACACAUGUCCCGCGGAGCAGAGAGUGAACCCACGUGGGACAGGGCGCUGCCACGGCGCUCCAGCUCUGUGGGUUACAUUGCCAAGGCUGAGGAGUACUACAGUAUGAAGUCCAGGAGCGAACUGAUGUUCGAGAAGCAGUCUGAGAGACACGGCCUGGCAGCAAGACCCACCCCAACUGCAGUGUACAAGCCCGGGACGGACUCUGACGUGAACGAUCAGCUCUACAACGAGUUGAAGCCGGCUGUAGAGGGAGCCAACUACAUCAGCAAGCACAUGCACGAGAAAAACGACUACAACGAGGAAAAGGACAACUGGAGCGGGAUCGCUCGGACGGUGGACCGCCUGUGCUUCUACAUAGUGACCCCCGUGAUGACCUUAGGAACCAUCUGCAUCUUCCUGAUGGGUAUCUACAACCACCCGCCCCCUCUGCCUUUCGAGGGAGACUCGUUCACUUACAGAGAGGCCGACCGGCGCUUCCUUUGAUUCCCUGGAUAGUCCCUAGAGGAUUGUGAAAGUGUGUGGACACUAUAUAGGUGUAUAAAUGAGGGAACACUCUUUCUUGUUUCAGCAUGGUCACAAAUGCUCUUUUUACUAAACGGGGACAAAUUCCCAUAGACACUCUUUCCAGAGUCUUGUGGAAAGCCUUUGCAGUCGAGUGGAGGCUGUUAUAGUCGCACAGGGGCCAAUUGUUAUCGUUAAUGCACAUGGUUUUGGAAUCAGGAUCUCAAACAAGGUAAUACUCAGGUGUCCACAUACUUUUGGUCAGAUAGUUAAAAGCAGGAUUCCUUUAUUUACAUAUGUGCAUGGUUUCUAUGGCUUUCUUUUUUCUUUUGCAUGAUGACAUUUUUAACGUGUG